GCUGCCCCCGGCUCCCUCCGUCCUGUUUCUCCGUUGUACCUGCUGGGGAACUCACCUUGUCAUUGCUGAGUUAUCUUCCGUCCGUUUUUAAAAAACAUUGUUUGUUUGUUUUUCAGAAAAGUAGUGUUCUCUUAAUACCAAAAAGGAGGCUUGACUUCCCGGGACGAAUUCUGAGACACCCAAGUGCAAAGAAGUAAGACUUCCAGAAAAGUAAAACAUGACAAAAAGCAAUGGAGAAGAGCCCAGAGCAGGGGGCAGGAUGGAGAGAUUUCAGCAAGGAGUCCGUAAACGCACGCUUUUGGCCAAGAAGAAAGUGCAAAACAUCACCAAGGACGACAUUAAAAGUUACCUGAUUCGGAAUGCUUUCGUGCUGCUCACCGUCACCGCUGUCAUUGUGGGGACAAUCCUUGGAUUUAGCCUCCGGCCCUACAAAAUGAGUUACCGACAAGUCAAGUACUUCUCUUUUCCUGGGGAGCUUCUGAUGAGGAUGUUACAGAUGCUGGUCUUACCACUUAUCAUCUCCAGUCUUGUCACAGGAAUGGCGGCCCUAGAUAGGAAGGCAUCAGGGAAGAUGGGAAUGCGAGCUGUAGUCUAUUACAUGACUACCACCAUCAUUGCUGUGGUGAUUGGCAUAAUCAUUGUCAUCAUCAUCCAUCCUGGGAAGGGCACAAAGGAAAACAUGUACAGAGAAGGCAAAAUUGUACAAGUGACUGCUGCAGAUGCCUUCCUGGAUUUAAUCAGGAACAUGUUCCCUCCAAAUCUGGUGGAAGCCUGCUUUAAACAGUUUAAAACCAGCUAUGAGAAGAGAAGCUUUAAAGUGCCUAUUCAGUCCAAUGAAACACUCCUGAGUGCCGUGGUAAACAAUGUGUCAGAGGCCAUGGAAACUCUCACUCGUAUCAGGGAAGAGCUAGUCCCUGUUCCAGGAUCUGUGAAUGGAGUCAAUGCCCUGGGACUGGUUGUUUUUUCCAUGUGCUUUGGUUUCGUGAUUGGAAACAUGAAGGAACAGGGACAAGCCCUGAGAGACUUCUUUGAUUCACUUAAUGAAGCCAUCAUGAGAUUGGUUGCAGUGGUAAUGUGGUAUGCCCCUCUGGGCAUCCUCUUCCUGGUCGCAGGCAAAAUUGUUGAGAUGGAGGACAUGGGCGUGAUUGGGGGACAGCUUGCCAUGUACACGGUGACAGUCAUUAUUGGCCUGCUCAUUCACGCAGUCAUCGUCCUGCCACUCCUCUACUUUCUGGUAACCCGGAAGAACCCUUGGGUUUUCAUUGGAGGGUUGCUACAAGCACUCUUCACAGCGUUGGGAACCUCUUCAAGUUCUGCCACCCUACCCAUCACCUUCAAGUGCCUGGAAGAAAAUAAUGGUGUUGACAAACGCAUUACCAGAUUUGUCCUCCCUGUGGGUGCCACCAUUAACAUGGAUGGGACAGCGCUCUAUGAGGCACUGGCUGCCAUUUUCAUCGCUCAAGUUAACAACUUUGAACUGAACUUUGGACAGAUCAUUACCAUCAGUAUCACGGCCACGGCUGCCAGUAUCGGGGCAGCUGGGAUCCCUCAGGCAGGCCUUGUCACUAUGGUCAUCGUGCUGACAUCCGUGGGCCUGCCCACUGACGACAUCACACUCAUCAUCGCAGUCGACUGGUUCCUGGAUCGCCUCCGAACCACUACCAAUGUGCUGGGUGACUCCCUUGGAGCCGGGAUUGUAGAGCACUUGUCAAGACACGAACUGAAGAACCGAGAUGCAGAAAUGGGUAACUCGGUAAUUGAAGAGAAUGAGAUGAAGAAACCAUAUCAGCUGAUUGCCCAGGACAACGAACCUGAGAAACCCAUUGACAGUGAAACCAAGAUGUAAACUGACAUGGAGAAAGGCUUCCUUGAGCACCAGGUGUUGGGGAAAAGAAAUCAUUGUAAAAUGUGUGCAUCUCGUUCUGCUCAUUCCUCCAGAGAGCCCUGCCUUCCUUCUUCCUCCCUACUCUGCUAGGAUUCAUCCAACACACAAGGGAGGACUUUACCUCAGCCAUACAUUGGACAUGUUAAAGAUCAUUUCGUAUUCAUCUUACCCAAGGUACUAGGAUCAAAUCUUGAUCAAAUCUUACCCAGUUGAUUUGGCAUGAGAUCCUAUAAUACAAUUGCCUUCUAAGUUAAAGAAACAAAUACUAGGCCCAUUUUUUUAAAAAUUAACUUU